GUGCCUCUCAUACGUAUAUCUAUCUAGUCUUUCGUUAACCCCUCCUGCAUCUGCAGUUCACUGAGUUUCCCCCCUUGAUAAGUACGAUCGUUUUUUCUCACUUCUGUCACCUCUUAUCCCCUCGUUGCAAGUCUCCGGAGUAUCCGUCAGUCAUAGAGUCACGAGAUUGAAUCGCCUUGUCUUGCGCUGCAUCGCCUCCGGACCUUCGGAUCGAGACCACUUUGAUUGAUUUCAUCCCGCAUUACUCGCCCACCAUGCGAGUCUCAAGCCUUUCGUUCCUCUUAUACUCGUUGUCCCUGUUGGCCGCUGUCUCUGGUCAGAGCGUAGCGGUUACUGGUGGAGAUGUCGCUACCUCUAAGGAUGCCGCACCUACCACGACAGAAGCGACCACAUCAUCCACAUCGUCGACAUCAUCAACUUCUUCGUCUUCGUCCGAGUCUACAGAAAGCACAUCGACAACUAGUGAGACCAAGCCAACGACCACCAAGGCUGACCCCACAACAACAUCAAAUUCAGACUCGUCAACUUCCACCACAGACCCCCCUAAAACCACGGCCGACCAGCCAACGAAAACAUCGGCAUCAACCACCAGCGGACCUACAACGGAUAGCAACAACAACGACAACAACUCCCAAACUACAACAGACAACAGCUCGAAAACCACCCAAACUCCUGUUGUGAAGACCCUUACUACUAUCCAGACGGUCAGUGGAACGCCUGUUCACACCACGCUUACCACCACCUCGUCCGCUGCUGUAGGCGCCACCGACUCUCCUUCACUCAACGGGGAAGAGAAGGACUCGAAGAGCUCGGGCCUCUCUUCUAACCAGAAGAAGACCAUCAUUGGUGUUGUUGUUGGUGUCGGUGGUGCAAUUCUGGUCGGUGCUCUUGGUGUCGUUGCCUGGAGGAUUCAUGCACGCAAGCGUAAUGCCCACGACAACGAUGAAGCUACGGACCUCAUGAGCGGUACCGCUGUCGGCUCCGGCGUUCGGGAGAAGGCUCCCAGCCCCGGGGCUGGUGGAACACCUUUCAAGAGCACUUUGGACCAAUACCAUAACCCCGGUCCUGUCAAUGCCGCAUCGAAUUUCUAAACGAGCCAGGUGUUUGUCACUCCCCGGCGGUUUUAAC